AUGUCCGAGGUGUCGGAUGGGAUUCAUGGGAAUGAUUUCAAUGAGGGGGGUGAAGGGAAUGGCUUCAUGUUUGUGAUUUUGUAUGCUGGGGGGAUGGAUGGAUGUAUGUACGCCGUAUGCAUGGAGAUAUGGAGAUGGAGAUGGAGUAUCUUGGCAAGUACGGAGGGAAUCCACAUGAAGGUGACUGACGCCUCCGCAUCCUUCCUUCCUAGUCGGGGUUAUUUUUCCAAGGUUUGA